UCCUCUGGUCAGUGGCAUCCUAGGCUCCUUCUGAGUCAGUGUCCUUCACUCCUCCUCCUGCGCUCCUUUGUUUCACCUCCUGCCAUGCUCUCGACGUAACUCUUUCAUUUCCCUGCGACGGUGACAGUAAAUUUUUCCAUAUUUUUUUUUGCUGACAUUCGCCUUCAAGCAUCUGAAAAGGCCCCAGAGCAAGAAAUAUAGUGAUACGCGUGAACCAAGGGCCAAAAUUGUCUAGUAAACGUGUAAGAAAUUCAUGAUUUCAGUUAACGUCUUAUGAGUAUGUGAACCUACAAGUGCUGUGAAUUUAGAUUAUUUUAUAACUACUUCAUGAAAUACAAGUAUAUAUAAUUUCAGAGGCCCAUAAAAAGCUGUACACGUGCUCUGAGCACUCACCACCCGACAGAGAGAGCAAGUGUGAGCGCAAUAAAUUUAUUGUGAACUGUGACAGGCCGAUCAUUUAGAGCAGCCGAGCCCGUGACACCUUGCCGGCAUACUUGAUUAUAAAAUUAAGAAGCGCAAGAGAUGGCGUGGCUGAGUACCGAGUUCUACUUCUACAAGGCGUCGGCGCCGUGCAGGGCGGUCUGGAUGACCAUUAAGCACCUCAAGGUGGAGGUCGACGAGAAGGAGGUGGACCUCCUCAAGGCGGAGACCAAGAGACCUUGGUUCCUCAGACUUAACCCCCAGCACUGCGUGCCUACGCUCAGCGACCAAGGCUAUGUUAUCUGGGAGAGCCGCGCCAUCAUGCAGUACUUGUGCAACAAGUACUGUACCCCGGAGAACCAACACCUCUACCCUACAGAGCCUGAGCAGCGAGGCACCGUCGACCGGCUGCUCUUCUUCGACAUGGGCACACUUACGUAUGCCAUCAAAGAAUACUUCAGACCUAAGCAGUUCGAAGGGCUUCCACCCGACGCCGAAAAAGAGAACCUGCUGAAGCAGAGCCUGGACUACCUGGACGGGGUGCUGGAGACGGUGGAGGGCGGCUAUCUGACGGGGGACAAGCUCACCAUCGCGGACCUGGCAGUGCUUGCGUCGCUGACGGAGCUUGACGCCAUGGGAUAUGCCUACAAGUGCUAUGGCAACGUCACGCGCUGGUCCAAUAAGCUCAGGGAGCAGCUGCCGUACUACAAGGACUGUUGUCUGCAGGGCAUUGAGAUGACCAAGGCUAGAAUCAAGCAGGUCGAAGAGGACCUCAAGAUACAGGCAGAGAAGGAGCGUAAAGCCUCCUCGGGCAAGAAGUGAAGGCCUUCUUAACACUUCACAUUUUCUAUGAGGCUUACAGCCAAAGUUUCCAUUCUGUGGAAAUAUUCGCGUGUAUGAGGCUACUUGGUUAUUACGACGCGUGGGGCUCAUAGAUUUUUGCUUUUGAUUUUCUCAUUUUUAGUUGAUGGACGUUAAAGCAUUUAGAACUUGGUUCUACCUUAUUAUUAAGUGUUCAUGAGAUUAUUUCUACCUUUCCCGCCUCAUCGCUGAAAUUUUCUGUUACCGGACCGUCAGCCAUGUUGGAACUAAACCGUUUUAAUUACUUUAAAUAAGCAGCAACUUGAGGAGGUUCUUUACUGAACUUCGUUUUUCAAAUUCUACUCCUAGAAAACAAGAAAAAAAGUUAUGCCUACUUUGAAUCACCAAUAAUUUUUGAUGCAUAUGAGACGAUUCCCAGGGCGGCCGCUAUUUUCUUCCAGCUUCGCAUAGUGAUGCUCGAGGCAUUGUUGCUGAGACUUAAACAAAUGUUAUUUAAUGAAUGGGAAAGUGGUAUUUUUAAGGAUCUGUGUUGAUUAUAGGUGUUAAUGGUGUGUCUUUGGUAAAGUGCCUUCGCUACUAGCCUGUUUCAGUGUUGGUUGAGAGAAACGGUAUAAUAUUACGUGUAUCAAUAUUUAUUUGUCUAUAAUACUCAGCUCGGUGUUAGCGUGCCUUCAUCCUGGAUGUCUCAAUAAGCCAACAGCUGUAACGCUAAUUUUACUCCCAGGAAAGCAAGUUGAAAAAAAAUUAAUGUCCGCUAGUGUUAAUAUCAAUAAGAUUAGUAUUUUCUAUUAAAUUUCAUUAAUACAUGAAAAAAUCUAUUCAAUUAAGUGAUUAAAAUUAGCCAAAUUGUACAUUAUUCGAUGUAUUGGAUCAUUUUCCACUUUCAAACUUUUGUUUAUGGGGUUUCAAUCAUUGGGCUUCUCGUGUGUUCAUUUCUGAAUGAUAUUUUUGGGUUGCAAACCAUUGGGCUUUUUUUGUGUGCAUAUCUGAAUGAUAUUUUGGGGUUUUCAAUCAUUGGGCUUUUUUUGUGCGCAUAUCUGAGUGAUAUUCUUUUGUUUGUCAAUCAUUGGUCUUUUCGUGUGUGCAUAUCUGAGUGAUAUUUUUGGGUUGCAAAUCAUUGGGCUUUUUUGUGCGCAUAUCUGAGUGAUAUUCUUGACUCCACGUGCGCUCUUGUGUUAAGGAAUUGUUUGUAUCGUCCAGAACAGCGAGGUUGCGGCUCGCUAUCUGAGGCAGAGCUCCAAAAGACUGUGUGCUUCCUCAUUCUCCUUGCCUUCCCUUGCUUCAAGAAAACUACUGUACUCGAAUAGUAUUUGUAUUUAUCGAUGAUCUGGACCAAAAAUAUCGUUAUGAAGCUUGAAUCGUAAUUAGACGGAGACUUACUUCGUUAAGUUUGAUCGAAAUUCGAAUUGAACACUCGUAUUUUAUUAUGUUUCUACAUAACAUCACAUACGUCAGUUAUCGAAAAAAAAACAAGGCCUGCAGGGUGAGUUUAUUGAACCCAUAUUGUCGGGGUUAGCGAAUCAACUUAAGAGAGUUUGGAGCAUUUCCAGUCAAGGCCCCCAAUCGAAUUUCAGAAAUGACAUGAAUAAGAUUGAAUUUCUUUUCAUUUCCUGAAAUAAGAGUUUGCUCAAAGCCGAGAAGCAAAUGAUUUGAUGCGGUAAUUAUAAAUAAAUAAAUUCUGACAAGGAUCCACGUUUCAUCGAAAUGCAAACCCAGCUAAUUUUGUCUUUGAUUUAAAAGCUUACAAACAGAGCUUAUACAAGUGGCUUACUGUGACCAAAAGAGCAAUUUCACUGCAUUCUGGCCGUAUAUAUUAAAAUGAGAGCUUGUUAGAGCUGCACCCAUACCUAUUGGUGAGUUUAAGUACUUGUUUAAGGUUAGAUUAUACUUGUUUCGCUAAAUAAACGAAUAAUUCUA